CGCCAUUGUAUACAAUUCCUAGAAAAUUGUCAUAAUAUUUCCUAAAAAAAUCGAUUCGAAAAAUUUCGAAAAAAAUCACCUCACGUAAUUUAUGGACACCCCCUUCUUGUUAACCUGUUACCUGACGCAUGAACCGAGCGAGGGAAGUUCGCUCGAACAGCGAACCAAGCGCGCGACAGCAGCGAAUCGAGUCGAUAUGCCACACGCUCUUUUUUCUGUUCGAUCUUUCGAUUCAAGUGAAACUUCUUUGGCAAAAUUUAACGACACCAUAAUCGUCGCCGUCGACGUGAUGGUAUUGCCAUGACAUGACCUUGAAAUUUUACUCUCAACGCGCCUAGAAGCUUCACUUCAAAAACCUAUGUGUGUACAUAAAUAGAUAGAAUAUUAUACUAUGAUUUAUGUGUGUGUUAUAUCAUUUUUAAAACAAUAAUUUGUACAUUUGUCAUAGUUACUACCUAUGCUUUAAUGCUAUAAAACUAUAUUAUAUUUUUAAGCGUUAUUAGUUUAUUGUUAUAAAGUGGGUGUUCCGGAUUCCCGGGUUGACCCUAUAUAUAAAAAUAAAUUAAAAUAUAGCAUAUUAUAUUACUCGGGAAUAAUGUAGCUUUCUGGUGGUGUAAGUUUUCCCAUUAAUUCAGUAGUUUCCUGUCAUAUUACAAUCAAAGUAUGGAAAAUUAAAUAAGGCCUAAAUUUUAAACUUGCAAAACGAUCAGUCUAAUUAAAAGUUAUUAGAUUGAGAGUAAGCUAUUAGCUAUAUCAAUUACAUCGGUUUACCGCGCCGGUAGCUGCGUCGCGUCAGCCGCGCCGCUCGAUACGUGCGGCGCGCGCGUACCGUGCGCCCCGCGCGGCAUUGCCGCACCCCUCGCCCUCAGUAUGCUUAUCUACCCCGCCUUGGACACCCCUGCUACACGUACUAUCACUAAUCCGUUUGUUCCCAACACUAGUUUUUCACAAUAAAAUUAAAAAAAAUCAUUUUCGCGCCAAUUGUUUACAUGACGUCUUCCUGUCAGUUCGGAAACGAAACCGGUUUGAUUUGUGCCAAUAUUCCAUUGUGUUAUAGGAAGAUAUUUUAUUUUUCAAUGAUAAAUAGUUAGUUAAUAGCAUUAAAAUCAAUUCCUUGAAUAGUUGUGUAUUUAUUUUUGUUGAAAAAGUUUCCCGCGUUAUCCGCGCCUUAAGCGACAAAGUAAAGCCGCGAACACAAUGAACGAAAUUGAUUUAAUCAAAGAAGUUGAGAAACGACCAAUUUUAUAUGAUAAGUCUGUAAGUGGUUUUAAUAAAACGAAGCUGAGGGAUGAAGCCUGGAAAGAGGUGCAAGAAGCUCUGCAUGUUUCAGAAGCGGAAUGUAAGAAACGCUGGCGAUCUUUGCGGGAUUCAUUCAUAAAGUUGCAGCGGACUCACGGUGGACGCACCCGAUGGCCCUACCACAAUGCGAUGAGAUUCCUCUUGCCGCACGUGGAGCCGAAGUCGGAUACGCCUCCAAAACGGGAGACAUCCGACUCAGAAACAGAAGAUGAAAUACGACACCGUCCGGGCCAAUCUCUACCCGAUCUUUUCUCCGACCCUCGGCUAGACGACGACGACGACUUUCAGCCAAAGAAACCCCGUCUCAACUCCACGGAUGAAGAGUACCAACGAACCGACCCUGAUGAGCUGUUCCUCCUCAGUUGUGCUUCCACCUUGAAAAGACUGAACUCCAAGCAAAAUGCUGUAGCUAGACUUAAGAUACAACAGGUACUUUACGAAGCCGAAUUUGGCACACAAAUGGAACUACCUUAUGUCACGCCUGCUAGUGAUUGCGAUUAUGAAAACGUAGACGGAUCUACAGAAUAAACAUUUUAGAAUUAUCAAUUUUACACAAUUUUAAUUAAUAUCACGUGGAAUUUAAAAGUAAAAUACAAUAAUAUAUUUUAAUUUUAAAUAUAAUUAUUAAUUUCAUCGUCAAUGCGUACAGACCUUUAUUGAUGGCAUUAUUUUUGGCGCCAAUUUGACAAUUUUGUGACGUCAUUUUCAAUUCCACGAAAUAUUACACGCACGUAUUUUAAAUAAUAUCUAUUAUUCGUAUUUGUGAGGUUAAUAUUUAAAAAUCACGCUCGAUGAAUGAUGAUAAAGAUACAUGUAAUACGUUCACUAUCGCUGUUUUAUUUCAUUAAAUAUAAUUUAUAAUAGAGAACCGUU